GUGUUUACUGCGGAAGUACAUGAGCGUAGAGAACAUCUUUAUGUACAUGUAUGUCCUUACGGCGGUUGAAUUAGCAAACAUUCAGUUAAAGUUGGUAUUUUUAUUUAUUAUUUUAUUUAUUCUUUAAGUGUGUUUUUAACGUCUAUAAUAUUUUAAUGACAAAUACCGAAGAAUCAGAUGUUGUUGCUAACACACUAUAAUGCUAAGCGUUCGUGGGUUGUAUUGUUGAACAUACAGUUAAAUGUUAUGUGUAACAAAUUAGUUGUAAGAAUGUUAUUGGUCUGUAUAUGUUUAAUUUCGUAGCUAUAUUAGAUGAAGUUUUACCAUUACAUGAUCCGACUGUCAUCUGCAGUCUUCCGCUGAAGUCUCACCUGACCACUGUCAGGUGUCGCUAAUCAGUUGACAUUUUAACAGGUGUUUAAAACAUAUUAUUUUUGCUUUCAAAAUGUCUUAGAUUAUUAUUUCAUGUUUAAAGUACGCACAAACGUUUUAUGCCAGAGUAGUCGUCAUUUUUUGGUUGAAUAGAGGAUUUAAAACGUGAACAUUUGAACGGCCGUGUAGUCGUGCGCGAGGUUUUGGAAGUGGUGAAGGAGAUUGUGCGGGAGUACCAGAAGAAAACUGAAACAACAGUCUGAAGAGAAGUCUGCUGGAGAUAUUCUGCCUGUUCAUGGACUGUUUCCUGACAAGGAAGCGGGCUCGGAGACUCAAGAGUGGAACAAUCCUGGCCCUCCGCCGUGGCAGAACAGUGCUAGCCAAGAUUUGAAGCAGAAGUACAACAAAGAGUUGCAAGCUGAUUGCAGCUUGACACAGACGUUAGCGAAAUAAUGCAAAGGAGAACCAGAAGAAGAGGCGGUAUCUGUGACUACCCACAGUGCGACCAGGAACAACCCAAUGAAUGCGUCCUCCUCGCAUUGCGCAAGUACACAUGCUGCCAAACUGUGUGUUGUUAAAACAGAUACAGCAGCCUCUGCUUUGUCAGAUGGCUGUGUAGAUUUAAAAAUCUUUACUCACAAGUCUACCAGAUGCUAUAAAUUGCAAGUCUGCACCAAAUCUGAAUAGUCUGUCCCCUUAGAUUAAUCCAUCUCCAGCAGGCAUUGGAGGAGGAACAACCUGGAAAACGCCCUCCAGGAGAGGCAAGUCCCACACUUCUAUAUGUGGGGAGACAUUGAAGCGUGUGGACAACUAAAUCCACAUAAGAUGUCACACAGAGGAAAAGCCGUACUGCUGCUUGACUGCGGGAAGAGGUUCAGUCAUUCCGGGAUCUGAAGAAACACAGGAAGGGUGCACACGGGAGAGAAGCUGUACUACUGCAACCAGUAUGGGAAGAGCUUCAGUUGGGCUGAGAAUCUUAAAAGACACAUUACGAUCCACAACGCAGGAGAGACUUGAUGUUUGUAACACAGGAAAUAAAAAUCAGUUAUUCUCCUGCUUCACCGGAUUUCUAUUGUAUGUCAAGUGAAAGGCCAACAUAAAUCUUAACACACGCACACACUGUAACUGUGUGUAACUCUGCCCAAGAGGAUUAAAGCAAGACUGCGCAAUAAAUUAAUAGGCAGGCAUAGUGGAGAUUUUCAGUGACCAACACACCACACUGACUAAUAUAGACUUUUUCACACCCACGGUGCCCAACAACAACUGAGACAGCAGUUCCAGACGUGUAACAGGAGGUACUGUGAAGUUGUGAGGAUGGAAAUGGAGGCGACUGAGCCGCUGUCAUUUCAGGGUCCUGCCUCAGUGCGGACAUGGAUGCAAAAAACAUCGAAAAUGGCUGCUGCAAAUAUACCUUUUGCCCACAUCAACCAUUAGAGUCACCACUUGCAUACAUAUAUUACUUAUCUAGUAGGUGAGAAUGUAACUCAAGACCUCUGGUUCACAAGACCUGUGCUCUAACCAUUGAGCUACAAGGCCAUAUAUAUUUAAAACGUAUUAUAUUACUCAGACUACUAUAAACACCUCUCCAAAGCAUAGUUCAAUAAAAACAACAUUUUAUAAUUAUGCAUUAUAUUUGUAAAAGCUACAUUUUCGAUACAUCUCCUAUUUAAGGCCAUCUGUAUCACUUGUGGCGGCUGAUUUUUUUUUUUUUAGCCACGCCCUUGCCAUGGGCACAUCCGGAAGUGACUUCACACACCUUCGGACAAAACUGAAACACACUUUCGGGCUUCAGAAAGGUUCGGUUUUGAGCAGCCUGUGAUGUUGAAAUGAAGAUAGAUGAGAAGGUUGUCUCAUUUUUUGAAUCCAGCAACUCGCCUGUGGACAAAGAAGGAUAUCUCUUUAAGAAGGGUGACAUUAGGCCGUCUUACCACAAGCGCUGGUUCAUUCUGAAGGGGAACCUCCUCUUCUACAAAGACCACCCGGAUGACCGUGACCUCAUUGGAGUCAUUGUUCUGGAGGGCUGCACCGUCCAGCUGUGCGAGUCCGAAGAGCAGUUUGCCUUCUCGUUGGUGUGGAGCGAUCCGGGCCUGCGGCCCUACAAGUUCGCCGCUGAGGACCAGGCCAGCCAGGAGAGCUGGUUAAAGGCCCUGCUCUCGGCCAACUACGGCUACUUGGCCCUGCUGGUGAUGGAUCUGGAGAAGAAGUACAGAGAGACGUUAGAUGCGUUGUUCAGUGACCCCGCCAACGGUGUCGCCACGCCAAACCUCCACACAACAAAAGCGGACCGUCAUCUGAACCAGCGGUCCUCCACUUGGCAUCCAGCAGCAGCUGCUGUGUCCUCAGGCCCAAGUCUGAGCUCCAAACUGACCCUCCAAAGCCCCUCCAUUCCCCCCAAAUCAGCCAGGAGGAGAUCACCUAAACUGUGGCCCAAGAGGACAGCAAACGUGACGCCUAUCGACGGCCCUGCUCCGCCAGUUGGGGAGUGGUCAGUGGGGUGUUCAGGGACAAAGGAGGAUUUUAGCAAACUGCACGAAGACUUUGGAAAGGAAAUAAAGGAUCUUAUUGCUGACUGGUCAAAAAGUGUACAAAUCGACAGAGUCGCCCUCAAAGAAAACUUGAUAGACCUCUGAGCAAACGUGUCCAAAACAUUUUUCUAAACCUCAUUUCAAUAUCAGUAAAUGUAAUUCUGUAAUUUAAUAACUGUACCUUCAGACAAGCAUGUUUUAUUAUGUUUUUAUUUACCAGUGGUUCUCAAUUAUUUUCUGUCAUGCCCCAACUGGGGGACAGAAAUAUCCCCCCCAAUUUGAAAUACUACUGAUAUCUGAAAAGUGAUAUCUAUUUAUUUAUCUGUACUGUACAGACUGAACUCGAGACUGAAACCACCAAAACGCAACAAAAUGGAGAGUAGUGAAGCAUACAAGCAUAUUCAAGAAUAUGACAACUUCAGACAUGUUUGCAGGUCUGCACUAAUAUUGAAAGUCCUCCCCCUGACCGUUCACCACGCCUCCCCCAGCGGGGUCCGCCCCACUGUUUGAGAAGCACUGGUAUAUACAUAUAAACACAUACAGUACCUUGGACAUAUUUUCAGGUAAAGUGAUUUUUUUAGAUAUGUAUAUUUAAUUAUUUUUUUUUACUAAAAUACCAAAAAUCAGUCAUGCCCAUUUGCAAUUCAUGCACGUCCAAUGUCAUAAAUGUAUACUCCAGAUCAGGGCUUUUUCAACUGACGGCACAGGAAUGACAUCAGACCAGCCCGCAACUUUAAUUCAAAACUUAAGCGUGGUGAACAUUUUUGCAACAAAUUCCUAAAAACAGCUGAGCACUCUUAGCAUAUUGAGGAUCUUUGACUGUUUCAUGUUUUGCAGUAUGUCCCAAAAAAACGCACACAAUGUAGCCUGGUUGACGUACGCUUUUUGGCUGGAGGUUCUUAAAAAUCGCAAUAUGGUGCUGUCAUAGAAGGUCUUUGACUAGCAUUUUUGGUAGUAGGUUCUUAAAAACAGCAGAGUGCUCCUGUCAUGUACAGAGUCUUUGACUAGUGUGUUUUACAGUAGGUCUUUAAAACAGCAGAGUGCUCCUGUCAUACAGAGGAAUGGAAGACUUGCAUUUUUUCUAUAGAUCCUUAAAAACAGGAAUCUUAAUAACUUAAGAAUACAAUAAAAGUGAAUAUUUUUUUAAAUAACAUAUUAUUCAAGUGUUUUGUCACUUUCCUGUGCCAUUUCCAGUCACAACGCACACGUUCAUGAGAUGAAAAUUUACUUUUACUAAAAAUGUAAUAAUUUUGGGCUUGUUUGUUUGAUGUAUGCUGCCACAGACUCCUGUCCUGCAGUAAAGCCUAUUAAAGAUUUGUAGUCCACGCAAUCUACAAACAUGGCCUCUGAAUUAAUUGUCCUACUGACAUAAACUUCCUGAUAUUGGAACACUUGAAAUGACUUUUAGUAACAUUUAGGUAUCAAUGUUGAAAUGUUUUCUGAAUUGAAGCAGGAAUACAAAAAUGGCCUUGAGCUGUAAUUUUAGCACUUGCAGUAGUGCGAUUGUAUGUGUUAAACAUGAGUUCAAUGCA